AUGAAAUUGGACGUUGUUGAAGGUCGAUUAACAGUGGCAUUGGAAAAAUAUAUAAAUUUAGCCGCUUAUAGUCUGCAAGGUUGGUUGAAAAUUUGUUUGAAUAUGGUGUAUACUUUAGAACCGAGCCAUGCCACUGACAUACAAAAUUAUAGUCAAACCUUUUUCCAUAAAAUGUUGGAAAAGGAUCUUUGCCCGACAAAUAAAAUUAAAAUUUCUAAUUCUGAAUUUUCAGUUGAAUAUGGCGAUUUUGAUCCGUCAAUUCAUACAAUCGAAUUUAUGCAGACCAUACCCUUAUUACCCAAGCAUAUUUGUCGGAGUGCACAAAUCCUUGAAGAUCUUCUGAAACGUGUGUCUGCUGUACAUGAACGUCUUCGAGGGAUGCAACAAAGUUAUGCAGCAUUAUUAUAUAUCGUUGAUGCCCAACAGUGUGAAGGCUAUGGUGAAGAAUAUUUCUGCGGAAAACAAAUUCGUUUCGAAACAUUUUUUAAAAAACGUGGCGGAAAUUUACAGUUGGUGGUGGAUGAAGAUAGUACUGAAGUGAUGGUUGGUUACUCUCAAGAAGGAAUCGUUGUUAAAGGAUCUUAUGGAGCACCUAUGAAACAUAGGGGUUUUGAAAAUGAAUUACUAACAUUAUUAACCCUUAGGUGGAAGGAUAUAAAAGAUAUCCAAGCAUCAAAACGACAGCUCAAUUUGAGAUUGCUCGAUGGUAACGUCGUGCAGUUUACCAUGGAAGAUGCUGAAAUGGCUCGUUAUGUCGCUAUGGUAUUAAUGUGGCAGUAUAGGUAUGCGACGAAUGAAGCGAUCGCUGAAAGAAAUUAUCCGAUGAAUGUCAAUUCAGUGAAAAUUCAUAGCGAAAAAAUCGUUUUUGUUAAGUUCAGCAUUUCAUAUGUGUUAAAUUUAGUUCGUUUAAACCAUGAAUAUCCAUCUUCGAUACUAUCAGCUGCUGAAUCAGUUUACUCAUCAUCAAGUCACAAAGUUUCGCUAAACAAAUUGCCCUCCAGCACUAGGCCGAUGGCUAUUUCAAUGUACAAUAUUUCAACUAGUGGUAAUUCACCUGAACAAAAAAAAUCUAAUCUCGCUUUCUCUUCAAUAUCGGUACGAGAUCCGGUUGUUGCAGAACAUAGACCAUCAUCACCUCUCAGUACAGCACUAAACAGUGGUACGUCGGCGUCAGCAGGUGUGUCAGCUGCCCUAAUAUUAGCGGAACGACUACGAAAUCAGCAUCGAGAACAAAAAAAAUCUUUUCCUGCUUAUUCACCGCGAUGUCGGCCUCCAUCUUAUUCGAAUGGAUUGCAGUUAAAUCGAGGAGGUUCAAUUCGAACGAAAUAUUCAAAAAAUCUCCCUGAAGAUAGCAGAAAUUUGGCCAGUGAAUCCAAGAAGCAAUUUUAUUCAUCAAACAUCUCUAUCACCGCCAUGACGUGCGAUAUCUUCACCGUUUUAGGAUUUAAAGAACUAAUGGCUGGGUCUUCACCUGAAAUACACAUGGUUGGUACACCACAAGGCCGAAGUGCAGCUGUCUUAGCUCAUAAACACUCAUUAAUGGCGCAGUUUAAAAGGCAAGGAAAUAAUGAGACAUUACCAACUCAUACACUCAGCAGUCCAGAUUUAAUACGUGUUUCGAACUAUGACCUUAUUUCGUCUGCAUUGAAUCGUUACAAACUUGAUGUUGAUGAAAUUAAAUCUGGAGAAGGCACCGGAUUAGUAUUAAAUUCAAAGGAUAGUCCUGAGCCAAAUGCUCCCUUGAAUGCUAAAAGUUCUACUCGACUUGCCAUUUCUGACGUGGAUCCGAAUGUUGUACUCAGUGGAUCUAUCCAACAGCCCAUUCCAACAGUUUCGAAAUGUUGCUCAAUGAGUAAUGUUGGUCCUCCUUCAUCAACUAAUGCAUUAAUUUUAAAAAACAUGCAAGAGGUAACACGAAAGUGCAGUUUACAGACCGUAAAUUCCAUGCCUGAAGUGAAUUAUUAUCUCACUUACAAUCCUGCAGUUAACAUUUGUUCUCCAGCUGUUUCAUAUCAUGCUCAAGCUGGUCAUAUUUAUUAUCCUCAAUCUUCAGCAGAUGCUUGUGACGCUGCAUUUAAUCAUUACAACUUUGAUAAACUACAAAAAUCGAAUUAUAUUGCCGGAUCUCCUUCGCAUUCUUUUUUGCCGGACAUUUUGCCCCAACCAAUUUACAUAAGUAGUCCAGCGAUUCACACCUGUGAUUUACAGCCAUCUACUUCUGUGGAUUUAAAGCCCCAUGUGCAUUUAUCACCUUAUACGACUGUCGCCUCUAUGGAUAGUCUUGGAAACGCUGGGACAAAUUCUAAUAAUAUUCGUGAGUUGUGUGGCAACAAUGUUUGCAAGGACUCACCAAAAUCUUCAACUGCAUCCUGUGUAGUUCAGCCAUGUUCGUUCCACUCUACGUCCAAAAACUUUUCGAGUGCAAGUGGAUUAACUGAUGAACAACUAUUACUUGCUGCACAUCACUACACAUUAAAUAAAGAGAGCAGCGAUCUGAAUCAAUUGUUUAGUCCAUUUCGAUAUAGUAAGACCAUAAGCUGCAAUGAUAUAUCACCAAAUAGCACAAAAAUAACUUGGUCAUUAAAUCAUUUGAAUGGAAAUGAUGGAGAUACAAUAAUCGACUAUAAAAAUGGAUCAAAAAGAUUUCAUGAAACAACAAACAUCAGUUUUGAAGGAAAAAAGGUGUUGGAUGUUGUUGCUAUGUUUAACUAUUAUUCUUUUUGUUCUAAUACGCAGAAAUCUUGA